AUGAAGUACCUACUCUUAGCAGUGGGUAUAUUCGCCUUAUCGAAUAUUUCCUUUGCUGAAGAGGUAGAAGAAACUCUAGACAAAGAACAAGAGGCAGAAGAUAAGAAAGUUAUCAGUCUGCUUGAGAAGCAAAACAAGGCAGAGGAUGAGGAAACCAAGGAUGAGACUCGUGUAAAGCGUGCAGCACGACGAGGGGUAUAUAUCAUCUUUUCAUUAUAG